CGUGAGGAGAUCAUGGCGGCGCAUCUCAGCUCCGGGCGCGUCAACCUGACGGCGCUGCGGGAGGCCGGGCGGAGGGAGCUGCGCGAGUUCCUGGACAAGUGCGCGGGAUCCAAGGCCAUCGUGUGGGACGAGUACCUGACCGGGCCCUUCGGGCUCAUCGCCCAGUACUCGCUGCUGAAGGAGCAUGAGGUGGAGAAGAUGUUCACGCUGAAGCCGGGCCGCCUGCCGCCGGCAGAUGUCAAGAACAUCAUCUUCUUCGUCAGGCCCAAGCUGGAGCUGAUGGACAUCAUCACAGACAACGUGCUGAGGGAAGACCGAGGCCGCUCCCCCCAGCGGGACUUCCACAUCCUCUUUGUGCCGCGCCGCAGCCUGCUCUGUGAGCAGUGGCUGAAGGAGCAGGGUGUGCUGGGGUCCUUCAUUCACCGUGAGCAGUACAGCCUGGAUCUGAUACCCUUUGAUGGAGACCUGCUCUCCAUGGAGUCCGAGAGUGCCUUCAAGGAAUGUUACCUGGAGAGUGACCAGACAACUCUGUACCAUGCGGCAAAGGGGCUGAUGACACUCCAGGCUCUCUAUGGAACCAUCCCACAGAUUUUUGGGAAGGGCGAGUGUGCCCGGCACGUGGCUAACAUGAUGAUCAGGAUGAGGCGUGAGUUCCCCGGGAGCCAGAACUCCAUCUUUCCUGUCUUUGACACUCUCUUGCUGCUGGACCGCAACGUGGACCUGCUGACGCCGCUGGCCACGCAGCUGACGUACGAAGGGCUGAUUGAUGAGAUCUAUGGGAUCCAGAACACUUAUGUGAAACUGCCUCCUGAGAAGUUUGCCCCGAAGAAGCAGGGUGAGAGUGGGAAAGAUCUGCCCACAGAACCCAAGAAGCUCCAGCUGAACUCUGCUGAAGAGCUGUAUGCUGAAAUCAGAGACAAGAACUUCAAUGCUGUGGGAUCAGUGCUGAGCAAGAAAGCCAAGAUCAUCUCAGCAGCCUUUGAGGAAAGACACCACGCGAAAACCGUUGGAGAGAUUAAGCAGUUUGUCUCACAGUUGCCUCACAUGCAGGCAGCAAGAAGUUCUCUAGCAAACCACACCUCCAUUGCAGAACUCAUCAAAGACAUCACCACAUCUGAAGAUUUCUUUGAUAAUUUAACAGUGGAACAAGAGUUCAUGUCUGGAAUAGACACAGACAAGGUUAACAAUUAUAUUGAAGACUGCAUAGCUCAAAAACAUCCUUUAAUCAAGAUCUUGCGUCUCGUUUGCUUGCAAUCUGUCUGCAAUAGUGGACUGAAGCAGAAGGUUCUGGACCACUACAAGAGAGAGAUUCUCCAGACUUACGGCUACGAACACAUACUGACCUUAAACAACUUAGAAAAGGCUGGACUCCUGAAACCUCAGACAAGUGGUAGGAAUAACUACCCAACAAUCAGGAAAACCCUGCGCUUAUGGAUGGAUGAUGUCAAUGAACAGAACCCCAAUGAUAUUUCCUACGUGUACAGUGGCUAUGCUCCCCUGAGCGUGCGCCUGGCACAGCUGCUGGCUCGGCCAGGGUGGCGGAGCAUAGAGGAGGUUUUAAAGAUGCUGCCAGGUCCCCAUUUUGAGGAGAGGCAGCAGUUACCUACUGGCCUUCAGAAAAAGCGUCAACACGGCGAGAACCGGGUCACCCUGGUGUUCUUCCUGGGAGGUGUGACAUACGCAGAAAUAGCUGCACUGAGAUUUCUGUCCCAGAUGGAAGAUGGAGGCACAGAGUAUGUCAUUGCCACUACAAAACUGAUCAAUGGAACAAGCUGGAUCAAAUCCUUGAUGGAAAAACUGGAGCCUGUCCCUUUCUAGGGUCUGAGACACAGUAAAGGAGGGUCCCAUUGCAACACAGGCUGGUCUUCUGGCAUAGCUGCCUGAAUGGCAGAGAAACACGGUAAGGGGAGAGGCUCUCCUGAGACUGGCUCUUGCUGCAGUUACCCUGAUGCCACCCUGCACUUGUAUUCCUACUGUUUGUGGAACUUCCUAGCAGACAAGACAGUGCUGAAAGGCACUAAGGAUGAAAUAAACAAUGGGAGAAAGAGAGAGAUCUCUGCUCAUGAUCUGCAUUGGCAAACAAGCACUGGAGGAGCAGGGCUUUGCCCUGGUCCUAUUUGGCAAGUUGCUGCUUUUUUUUUCUUUCAGUUUAAUUUUAGUGGGAGGUGAUUACUUCUUUUUACCCUCCUAAUGUGCUGAGGAGGCAAGAUGUUGUCUGAUCCUGAUUUCAUACCAAUAUUCCCAGUCUUUCUCUCUCUGAUGCCUGAUACAUUCCAUCAGUGCACUGGAUCUGUGGCUGUCAGAGAUCUGUACUGGCUGCACCUCUGCUGUACCCAGGAUUCAGUUUUCUGCCCAUCUUUCUGAUGAAAGCCUGCCCUGUACUGUAACAAGCUGUCUGCUAUGUUAAAUGGCCUGUAGGCCACAUUCAAGUCCACUGCCCUGCUGGCUUUGACCAAGGCCUUCAAUGGGUUUCCUGCAACAACAGUUAACUCCUUGAGCUAUCCACAUGCCUGUCAACAGUACCUGAACUCCCACCAAGGGAGGCUUGAGCCUUUUGCUGCACUUGCUCUCUAAAAGGAUGGGUGAGAUGGCUUGUUUGUCCUAGGUACACCCACCUGACUCUGAAAAGCUGCUCCAGAGUAUGAAUUACAUCAGUGUGGCAAAACACACAAAUACUCCCCACAUGGGACUCAAAACCAAAAAUAGCUACAUCAGUGACCCAGUAAACAACAGCGGGUUUAAAACAGACACUUUUUUCACCCCUCCUCAUUCAGUUUAUAAAUGUGGUACUUGCUGCCACAAGCUGUUGGAGAGCUCAAAAUUAUAAAAUGGAAUUUUCCAUGGCAUGAUCUUGGUGGCUGGGCCCUUGUUGCUGCUGAGCCAAUGUGUACAAGAGGCAGCUUCUGGCUCCGGAAGACUCAGCCUGGCUAAUUGCUAGAGGCUUAUUAUGUCUGUGCAGCUGCCGGAGCCUGGGCUGCUUCAACAGCAACCACUGGGGGCUGGUUCACACUGCCCUUAGCUCUUAAAUAGUUAAAACACCUACAAAAAAACCAACAACAAACAAACAAAACAAAACCACACCCCAAAACCCAAGGCACACCACCUCACACUGUAAAUCACUCUCUUAACAAACAUAUCUGCUCUUGGUUACCCAGACUAAUGUAUACUACUUCCCCCUCAAAAAAACUUUCAUUUUUCAAAGUUCUUACAGUUAGGACUGUGGGUUUCAGUCUGUUGUUUUGUAAGACUGAGUUCUGACAAAUCAGCCCCUUCCCAGAGCCCCUGUCUGUUUAACCUCUAACUGGCUUAUUAGAAUAAAAUGUAAUUGAUCUUUUUUUUUUUGAAAGUGUUUGCUCACUCUCUCUCUCUCUGGAAUACAACAAAUAAAUAAAAUAAAACCCUG